AUGUGGGAUCCUGCUGUGGAACAUCCAGUAAUACUGGACCAUGUUAUUUCUUUGAACAAUAUGAAUGAGGUUGGCAAUAAGCCCCCUUAUACUAGGGUUUGGAUUCCUGACCCUGAUGAAGUUUGGAGAUCAGCAGAAAUUAUCAAGGAUUACAAAGAGGGAGAUAAAAGCCUCCAUCUGAAACUUGAAGAUGAAACUCUCUACGAAUAUCCUGUUGAUCUCCAAGGAAAUGAGCUGCCUUUCCUGCGCAAUCCAGAUAUCCUGGUGGGAGAGAAUGACCUGACAGCCCUGAGCUACCUGCACGAGCCCGCGGUCCUCCACAACCUCAAAGUCAGGUUCCUCGAGUCCAACCACAUCUACACAUACUGUGGUAUUGUACUUGUUGCCAUCAAUCCAUAUGAGCAGCUGCCAAUCUACGAACAAGAUGUCAUCUAUGCGUACAGUGGCCAAAACAUGGGGGAUAUGGAUCCUCACAUCUUUGCGGUGGCAGAGGAAGCCUAUAAGCAAAUGGCCAGGGAUGAGAAGAACCAGUCCAUCAUCGUGAGUGGUGAGUCAGGUGCUGGAAAGACUGUCUCUGCCAAAUAUGCCAUGCGCUUCUUUGCAACCGUUGGUGGUUCUGCCAGCGACACCAACAUUGAAGCCAAAGUCCUUGCAUCGAGCCCAAUUAUGGAGGCAAUUGGAAAUGCUAGAACAACAAGGAAUGACAACAGCAGUCGCUUUGGGAAAUACAUUCAGAUCGGCUUUGAUAAAAGAUACCACAUCAUUGGUGCCAACAUGAGGACAUAUCUGUUGGAAAAAUCACGAGUUGUAUUCCAGGCAGAGGACGAGCGCAACUACCACAUCUUCUAUCAGCUUUGUGCCUCAGCGAGUCUUCCAGAAUUCAAAGACCUUGGACUAACAUGUGCCGAAGACUUUUUCUACACUUCUCAGGGAGGUGACACGUCUAUCAAUGGCGUAGAUGAUGCUGAUGACUUUGAGAAAACCAGGCAUGCCUUCACCCUGCUUGGAGUGAAGGAGUCUCAUCAGACAACCAUUUUUAGGAUAAUUGCUGCCAUUCUGCACCUAGGGAACUUGGAAAUCCAAGCGGAAAGAGAUGGUGAUGCCUGUAGCGUAUCGAGUGAGGACGAGCACUUGAACAACUUCUGCGGCUUGCUGGGAGUGGAGCACAGCCAGAUGCAGCACUGGCUUUGCCAUCGCAAGCUCGUCACCACGUCCGAGACCUACGUGAAGAGCAUGUCUGUGCAGCAAGUGGUGAAUGCCAGGAAUGCCCUGGCCAAGCACAUCUAUGCCCGGCUCUUCAACUGGAUCGUGCAGCAUAUCAACAAGGCCCUGCACACCACCGUCAAGCAGCACUCCUUCAUCGGUGUGCUCGAUAUCUAUGGGUUUGAAACUUUUGAAGUGAAUAGCUUUGAACAGUUCUGUAUCAACUAUGCCAACGAAAAGCUCCAGCAGCAGUUCAACUUGCACGUGUUUAAGCUGGAACAAGAAGAGUACAUGAAGGAGGGAAUCCCUUGGACUCUCAUAGACUUCUACGAUAACCAGCCCUGCAUAGACCUUAUAGAGGCAAAACUUGGUAUCUUGGACUUACUGGAUGAAGAGUGCAAGGUUCCCAAAGGCACUGACCAGAACUGGGCGCAGAAGCUGUACGACCGGCAUGCCAGCAGCCAGCACUUCCAGAAGCCCCGCAUGUCCAACACCUCCUUCAUCGUCCUGCACUUUGCCGAUAAGGUGGAAUACCAGAGCGAGGGAUUUCUGGAGAAGAACAGGGACACCGUGUAUGAGGAACAGAUCAACAUCCUGAAAGCCAGCAAGUAUCAAAUGGUGGCAGACUUAUUCCAAGAUGAGAAGGAUGCUGCACCCACCACUUCCAUGGCAAAAGGAACAUCCAAAAUCAGUGUCCGUUCUGCAAGACCAGUGAUCAAAGCUGCCAAUAAGGAGCACAAGAAAACUGUGGGGCACCAGUUCCGCAACUCGCUGCAUUUGCUCAUGGAGACUCUGAACGCCACCACCCCGCACUACGUGCGCUGCAUCAAGCCGAACGAUGAGAAGCUCCCCUUUAAAUUUGAUCCAAAGAGAGCGGUACAGCAGCUGAGAGCUUGUGGAGUGCUGGAGACCAUCCGCAUCAGCGCAGCUGGCUUCCCGUCCAGAUGGUCCUACCACGACUUUUUCAAUAGGUAUCGUGUUCUUAUGAAAAAGAGAGACCUCUCCAAGAAUGACAAGAAGCAGAUCUGUCAGACCCUGUUGGAAGACCUCAUUAAGGAUCCAGACAAGUUCCAGUUUGGACGUACCAAGAUCUUUUUCCGUGCAGGCCAGGUGGCAUAUCUGGAGAAACUGCGAGCAGAUAAGUUCAGAGCUGCCACAAUCAUGAUUCAGAAGACGGUGCGGGGCUGGCUGCAGAGGGUCAAGUACAAAAGGUUGAGAAAAGCUGCAAUGGUCAUCCAGCGCUACACGCGUGGGCACCUGGCUCGGAGACUUGCUGAGCACCUGAGGAGGACGAGAGCUGCCAUCAUCUUCCAGAAGCAGUACCGAAUGCUGCGGAUCCUCCGAGCUUUCCAGAGGGUCCGCAAUGCAACCAUCACCAUUCAGGCUUUUGCUCGGGGCAUGUUUGUCAGGAGGAUUUAUCGCAAGAUCCUCGCGGAGCAUAAAGCCACCAUCCUCCAGAAGUACGCUCGUGGCUGGCUGGCCCGCACUCGCUUCCGCCGGGUCAGGGGUGCCACCAUCGUCCUGCAGUGCUACUAUCGGCGUAUGAAGGCCAGGCAGGAGCUGAAGGCGCUGAGGAUCGAGGCCCGCUCAGCACAGCACCUGAAGAAGCUCAACAUUGGCAUGGAGAACAAGGUGGUCCAGCUUCAAAGGAAGAUUGAUGAGCAGAACAAGGAAUACAAACUUCUGAACGAGCAGCUCUCUAUGCUUACGUCAGCCCACUCCUCUGAAGUGGAAAAGCUGAAGAAGGAACUGGUGCAAUAUCAGCAGAGCCACCGGGGUGACGGCAACCAGCUUGUCAGCUUGCAAGAAGAGAUGGAGCACCUCCGGCUGGAGCUUGAAAAAGCUCAUGGGGAGAGGAAGGUUGUGGAAGACAGCUACGUUAAGGAGAAAGACCUACUGAGAAAGCGCAUAUCCGACUUGGAAGAAGAAAAUGCUCUCCUGAAGCAGGAAAAAGAGGAGCUUAACAGCAGGAUCCUGUGUCAAUCUGAAGAUGAAUUUGCACGAAACACAGUUGAGGAAAAUAUCCAGAUGAAGAAAGAGCUGGAAGAAGAGAGGUCUCGUUAUCAGAACCUGGUAAAAGAGUAUUCGAGGCUGGAGCAGAGAUAUGACAACUUGCGGGAUGAAAUGACUAUUAUAAAGCAAGCACCAGGGCACAGGAGAAACCCAUCCAACCAGAGCAGUUUGGAGUCGGAUUCCAAUUAUCCAUCCAUAUCAACCUCUGAGAUAGGAGACACCGAGGAUGUAAUACAACAAGUGGAGGAGGUCGGGAUGGAGAAAGCCGCCAUGGAUAUGACCCUCUUCCUAAAGCUACAGAAGCGAGUGAGGGAGCUUGAGCAGGAGAGGAAGAAGCUGCAAACCCAGCUGGAGAAAAAGGAGCAAGAGAGCAAGAAAUCCCAGGUAAUUGAAACAAAGACUGAAGUGACUUCAGACCACGAAGAUUUUGCAUACAACAGUCUGAAGAGGCAAGAGCUGGAGUCGGAGAACAAGAAGCUGAAAAAUGACCUUAAUGAGCUGAGGAAGGCUAUCGCAGACCGAGCAACCCAGAACAACUCAUCCAACGAUAUUCAAGACAGUUAUAACCUCUUACUGAAUCAGCUGAAAUCGGCCAGCGAGGAGUUGGAAGUGCGGAAGGAAGAGGUGCUCAUCCUGAGGACACAGAUUAUGAAGGCAGCCCAGCAAAAAGAGACGGGGAAAAACAUGGAAAGCAUCACUACCAAUGCCAGCUGGCCGAACAGUGACAAGCACAUUGAUCAGGAGGACGCGAUUGAAGCCUACCAGGGGAUGUGCGAGACGAACCGCAAGACUGAGGACUGGGGGUAUCUCAAUGAAGAUGGAGAGCUCGGCUUGGCUUAUCAAGGUUUAAAGCAAGUUGCCAGGUUGCUGGAAGCACAACUCCAGGAUCAGAAGAGAGAGCACGAGGAGGAGGUAGAAGCUCUGAAAAACCAGGUGGAUGCAAUGAAAGAAGAGCUGGAGAAACAGCACCAGGCUUUCCUGCAGACCCUGCAGCUGUCUCCGGAGGCCCAGGUGGAGUUUGGACUUCAGCAAGAAAUUACACGUCUCACCAAUGAAAAUCUGGAUCUCAAAGAAUUGCUAGAGAAGUUAGAAAAGAAUGAAAAGAAGCUGAAGAAGCAGCUGAAGAUUUACAUGAAGAAGGUCCAGGAUUUUGAAGCAUCACAAGUCACAGUACCGGCGGAGAGGAGGCAGCAUGAGCGUAACAUGCAAGUUGUCGUCCAGAGGAAGGAGAAAGAUUUUCAGGGCAUGCUGGAAUAUUAUAAAGAAGAUGAGCCACUCCUCAUCCGAAACCUCGUUACAGAUCUCAAGCCCCAGGCAGUGUCUGCUACUGUUCCCUGCCUUCCUGCUUACAUCCUCUACAUGUGCAUCAGACACGCGGAUUACAUCAACGAUGACCAGAAAGUGCACUCCUUGCUCACCUCCACCAUCAAUGGGAUUAAGAAGGUGCUGAAGAAACACAACGAUGAUUUUCAGAUGACGUCGUUUUGGCUGGCCAAUACGUGUCGCCUCCUGCACUGUUUAAAGCAGUACAGCGGAGACGCGGGUUUCAUGACACAAAACACACCUAAGCAGAACGAGCACUGUCUGAAGAACUUUGACCUGACCGAAUACCGCCAGGUGCUGAGCCACCUCUCUAUCCAGAUUUAUCAACAGCUCAUUAAGAUAGCAGAGGGCAUACUCCAACCCAUGAUCGUGUCUGCGGUGUUGGAAAAUGAGAGUAUCCAGGGGCUUUCCGGUGUCAAACCGAUGGGCUACAGGAAUCGCUCCUCCAGCAUGGCAGAUGGCGACAGCUCCUACAGUCUAGAUGCAAUCAUUCGCCAGCUGAACACGUUCCACAGCAUCAUGUGUGACCAGGGUCUGGACCCAGAGAUCGUGCAGCAGGUCUUCAAGCAGCUCUUCUACAUGAUCAACGCAGUUGCCCUGAACAAUCUCCUGCUGAGGAAGGAUGUCUGCUCGUGGAGCACGGGCAUGCAGCUAAGGUUUAACAUAAGCCAGCUGGAGGAAUGGCUGCGUGGGAAGAAUCUGCAGCAGAGUGGAGCAGCACAAACUUUGGAGCCCUUGAUUCAAGCAGCACAGCUUCUGCAGCUGAAAAAGAAAACCUCGGAAGAUGCUGAGGCCAUCUGCUCCUUGUGCACAUCGCUCACAACCCAGCAGAUUGUAAAGAUACUUAAUCUCUACACUCCUGUGAAUGAGUUUGAAGAACGUGUGACAGUAGCUUUCAUACGAGACAUACAGAUGCACUUGCAAGAACGAAAUGACCCUCCACAGCUGCUGUUAGACUUCAAGCACAUGUUCCCGGUUUUGUUCCCCUUCAACCCAUCCUCCAUAACCAUGGACUCUAUUCAUCUCCCUGCUUCUCUCAACUUGGAAUUUCUCCAUAAAGUCUGA